GAAGGGGAAAAAAUCUGAAAGCUGUUUGCAACACAUUAAAGCAUCAAGUAAAACAAUCCAGAAGAAAACAAAUUCAAGUUUCAAAAAAAAUAUUUUAGAACCUGCUCUUAGUGUCAUUUUGCUUUCCCCAUAUUUAUUUAGAAUCAUAGAGUUGGAAGAGACCACAAGGGCCAUCCAGUCCAACCCCCUGCCAAGCAGGAAACACCAUCAAAGCAUUCCCGACAGAUAGCUGUCAAGCCUCCGCUUAAAGACUCCAAAGAAGGAGACUCCACCACACUCCUCCUUGGCAGCAAAGUUCCACUGUUGAACAGCUCUUACUGUUAGGAAGUUCUUCCUAAUGUUUAGGUGGAAUCUUCUUUCUUGUAGCUUGAAUCCAUUGCUCCGUGUCCGCUUCUCUGUAGCAGCAGAAAACAACCUUUCUCCCUCCUCUAUAUGACAUCCUUUUAUAUAUUUGAACAUGGCUAUCAUCUGUCACCUACUUAAUUUAUAUAGCUGCCCCAUAGAACUAUUACUCUAGGAAGCCAGUGUGCUGUAGUGGUUAGGGUGUCAGACUAGGACCUGGGAGAUAAGGGUUCAAAUCCCUUUGGAUGAUGAUAUUGAGGUGAUGCUCAUCAAAUUAUAGCAAACUGGGGGGUGGGUAGCCAGUGCCAGUGAAGACAGAAUCAGGAUAACCUUAACAGAUUGGAGAACUAGGCCCAAACUAACAAAAUGCAUUUCAACUUUGACAAAUUUAAGGUUCUACACUUAGGCAGGCAGGCAGGCAGGAAGAACUAGAUGAACAAAUAUAAGAUGGGGAACAUCUGACUUGCCAGUGGUAGGUGUGAAAGGGAGCUAAAAUCACAAGCUUAACAUGAGUCAGUAGUGUGAUGCAGCAACAAAAAACAGCUAAUGCUAUUCUAGGCUGCAUCAGCAGAAGUAUAGUGUCCAGAUCAAUGAAAGUAAUAGUACCACUCUAUUCUGCUUUGGUCAGACCACACCUGGAGUACUGUGUCCAGUUCUGGGCACCUCCAUUUAAGAAGCAUGUUGACAAGUUGGAAUGUGUGCAGAGGAAGGCGACCAAGAUGAUCAAGGGUCUGGAAACCAAUUCUUAUGAGAAACGAUUUGAGGGAACUGGGUAUGUUUAGCCUGGGAAAGAGGAUGUAGCCAUCUUUGAAUAUCUAAUAGGCUGUCAACUGGAGGAUGGAGAAAGCUUGUUUUCUCCUGCUCCAGAGGGUAGGAUCCAAACCAAUGGACUCAAGUUACAAGAAAGGAGAUUCAGACUAAACAUUCUGAGUGCAAGAGUUGUUCAACAGUGCAUCAGACACUCUUUCCUUGGAGGUUUUUAAGAAGAGGUUGGAUGGCCAUCUGUCUUGAAUGCUUUAGUUGAGGUUCUUGAAUUGCAGGGGAUUGGAUUAGAUGACCCUAGAAGUCACUUUUAACUCUGCAAUUCUAUGAUUCUAGUUUAUAACAUUACUCUGUUUUUCUAGGUAAAUUAGUUCAUAGUGCACUUACCUUUAAGCAGUCUCUUUCACUGGAUCUUACUAGGCUUUGCAGGAUAUAUGCUCUUGGAUCAAAAGCAGAGCUCUUUGAGGGCCUUGGCAAAUAAUUGCAGCUGAGUUGUUAGAUUGUUUAGAUGUAAGGUGUUGCAGGCAUAAUGUUGAGGGAACUGAAUGCACAGUUGUGAAUUAGACCAGCUUCUCCCAACCUGAUGUCCUCCAGAUGGUUUUUGAACCCCCAUCAGCCCCAGCCAGCAUGGCCCAAUGGUCAGGGAUUGUGGGAAUUGAUAUCCAAAACAUCUGGAGAGCAGCUGACUAGGGAAGGCUGAGUUAGACAUGUAUAUUGUUCAGCCUUAUUGAUGGCAAUAAUUCAAUCACUUAAACAUUUUGGUGUCACUGGCUUUAUGAGGAGUAGUGAGGGCAUUAAUUCCCCAUUAAUUCCCCAUUAAUUAAAGCUGUGGGGAAGAGUCUAAAUUCUCUCUUUUUAAAACGGCCAGGCUUUAAUUAACCUUGUAAAGUAGUUUCAUACUACAAAGUUGAGGCACUGUGAACAAAUGUCACCCUAUGCACUUCUUCCUCCUUCCCCCAACCCCCCCCCCACUUGGCAUUUUAUUUUUUUAAUACUAGGGAAAUAACUUAAUUGACCAUAAUUAGUUGUGUCAUUUAAUUAUCCUUCCCCACCGCCAGCCUCUUAUAAGUUGUACAUACGUUGGCCUCGGUUCCUUAUUCUACUGAAGCUCUUCCAUGGUGUACAUUUACAUGCCUACCCUCCCAAAAAAUCUACGAUGCUGCAAACCACCCAGACUGCAUGUGCAUAGUUACAUUGGCUGCAAUACUGCUGCAGAGCCUGAGUAGAGGCAAGUCCAUCACAUUUUCUUUUAAAAAGCAACAACCAAAAACCUUCCUCCCCAUAUCCGUGUGCUGUUGAUGGCAUUUAGACGGUGAAAUCUCCUUCCUUGACGAUCAUCAGAACCUUCCACGCAGCAACUCUGCAGAGAAUAUCCUUCCUUGAGGGAUUUCUUUGUUUUUCUGCUUAUAAUUUCCCCCUUUCUUAGCUGUAGUACAGCCGCACCAUUUCAGCUUGCUAGUGCAGAAAGAUGUUGUGAAUUCAGUUGCUGAGAAUGAGGCUGGCCUGCCUGCAAAUACUAAGGCUCCUAGAGGCAUGCUAAAGAGUCGUAGGUGAAUCUAACCCAAUCCUUUCUACAACAAAACGAUAUGUGUCACAAAGAUGUCUACACGGAAUUGCCAAGGAAUGGAUUCUGUGAUCAAGCCCUUGGACACAAUUCCAGAAGACAAAAAAGUCAGAGUUCAGAGGACACAGAGCACUUUUGAUCCAUUUGAAAAGCCAAAUAAUCAAGUGAAGAGGGUCCAUUCAGAGAACAAUGCCUGCAUUAACUUCAAGACUUCAUCCACUGGGAAAGAAUCUCCUAAAAUCAGACGACAUUCCAGUCCUAGCUCUCCAACAAGUCCCAAGUUUGGAAAAGCAGACUCUUAUGAAAAACUGGAAAAACUGGGAGAAGGCUCAUAUGCCACAGUAUAUAAAGGGAAAAGCAAGGUAAAUGGAAAGUUGGUGGCACUAAAGGUGAUUAGACUUCAAGAGGAGGAAGGCACUCCAUUUACAGCCAUCAGGGAAGCUUCUCUUUUGAAGGGCCUAAAACAUUCUAAUAUUGUGCUGCUUCAUGAUAUUAUUCACACAAAGGAGACAUUGACACUGGUAUUUGAGUUUGUGCACACAGAUUUAUGUCAGUACAUGGACAAACAUCCUGGAGGACUUCAUCCAGACAAUGUGAAGUUAUUUUUAUUUCAAUUGCUGCGAGGACUUUCGUACAUCCACCAGCGUUACAUUUUGCACAGGGACCUGAAACCCCAAAAUCUUCUGAUCAGUGACACUGGGGAGUUGAAGCUGGCAGAUUUUGGACUUGCAAGAGCCAAAUCUGUCCCUAGUCAUACGUACUCUAAUGAAGUGGUUACCCUGUGGUACAGACCUCCAGAUGUCCUCUUAGGUUCAACAGAAUAUUCCACCUGCCUUGAUAUGUGGGGAGUUGGUUGUAUCUUUGUCGAAAUGAUUCAAGGUGUUGCUGCUUUUCCAGGAAUGAAAGACAUUCAAGAUCAACUUGAAAGAAUAUUUCUGGUGCUUGGAACCCCAAAUGAAGAUUCGUGGCCUGGAGUUCAUUCUCUACCCCAUUUCAAGCCAGAUCGGUUUACACAGUACAGUGCAAAAAACCUUAGGCAAGCCUGGAAUAAGCUAAGCUAUGUGAAUCAUGCAGAGGAUCUGGCCUCCAAAUUACUCCAGUGUUUCCCAAAGAACAGAUUGUCAGCACAGGCAGCUCUCAGCCAUGAGUAUUUCAGUGACCUGCCCCCACGGCUAUGGGAACUAACUGACAUGUCUUCUAUUUUUUCCGUACCCAAUGUAAGAUUACAAGCAGAGGGUGGAGAAAGCAUGAAAGUCUUUGGAAAAAACAAUAUUUAUGGCAAAGGUCUAUCAAACAUUAAGCACUGAGGAACAUGUUGAUUUCCCACAAAUAAUUCAGGAACUAAGAUCACCAGACUGGAGGAGAACCAAAACCUAAAAAGAGCCAACUCUAUGAAGACACCAUGGCCCUGCUUCCUUUCUCUCUCAGUGGUGGAUUUCAGUCACAAGAAAAACAAUGCUGGCAAGACCUUGUUCCCCUUCCCUCUCACUUUAUUUAUAACCUUGCACACAUUUUGAUACCUUGUGAUUUCAGAGACCUCUGUGAAGAUUAAGCUUUUUUGCUUACUGAUACAUGGCAUGUUCUUUUUUCCCAGCCUUUUGUGUUGAGUUUAUCUGGUUUUUCCACAGCAGCACAAAACCCUUGUGAAGAUAUUUAUGCUUUCACCAGCAAUGUCUUAUUAAGACAACACAUUUGGUGUUCACACUUCUUCAGUAAUGUCUGUAGAUAAAAGCCAGUCAUGGUAUGCCACAGUGUGUGUGUUCAUCGAAAUGUUCCACAUAUUUUGCAAAUUGUCAGAAGGAUACUUUAAGCUAGAGCAGAGCUUGCUAAGUUGGUUGUAACAAUCAGUAUCUUACAACUAUGCCUAUUUAUUACUGCUAGAAAACAUCACGUUCCUUUCUUUAACCAUGGCAAUAAGUGCAUCUUAGUCACCCUGAGUUUGGUUACUCAGCCUAUGUUGCAUAAUUUGGCAGAUUUUAAAACAGACUUCCACUAUAUAUAUAGUACUGAGUACUUCAAAUAUUUGAGACCUAUUUAGAAAAAGGGGGUUUGGGAAUUCCACAUUUACUUUUUCUUGUAGCUUAGUUCAAAAUAUAUUCUAAAAAGGAAAAUAAAGGAGACAAGGGAGGGUGAGUUUACAUUAGGAUAAGCACUAUGGUAUAGAAUCUGUAGUUGCUGAAUGAGCCAUUUAAAAGCCUAGUUUUUAAUAGUCAUCCAAACUCCAAAUAUUUGUUCUUCCAAACCAAAGCAUCUUUCCAGUUAUUUUUAUAAGAUGUUCAGAUACAAUUGGAAAAUGCCUCUGUUACUGCAUCCUCAAAUGGAAUUUUCUCCAAUAAUCGUUCAAAUUUCUAAAGAUUAAAGUAAUUGGGAAUUGAAGGGAUUUCUAUUCUUGUUUUGAGGGAGGGUGGAUGAUGGAGCCUAUGGGAAUCUUAAGGGCUGUAGCGGUUUCUGCCUACCAUUCACCAUCCCUAACAUGAUUAAUAACACUUGUAUUCUAGGAGAUGGGGAGUGGGCAAUCCAAAAAAAUAAAUUUGACAUGCUUACAGUGGGGAUUUCUCAUCCAUUUAUUCCAACAAAGAAAGAUUAUUUGCCUUUCUAGUACAUCAGCUGCCUAAAAACACAUCUAUUUUUAUAACGCGUUGAUUGUAGCAUCUAAUGCUAUGUUAGAAAAAAGGAGAAAACAUAGGACCCAUUCUGUACUUUCAUUUUGUAAACUGAUGUCUUGAUAUUGUUUGGAGUUGGAAAAUUAUUGAUUUUGCUGAGGACUUUUUUUUAGCAAAAGGCAACAGUGGUAAAUAUUAUUCUGUGAUACUGAUUCCAGUAGUAAUGCAAGAAUUAAAAUAUGCAUCUCCUAAAUACCACUACUAAAACUCAAACCCUAAAUAUCUCAAACUUUGUUUCUGUAUCUGUGGAAACAAAUAAUCACAAAAUAAAAUAGAACACUUUGAACGUAACACAGAUGCCUUAACUACGACUUGUUUUGAGUUCCGUAUUCAACCUUUUGUACGUAAUCUCCUUUUCCAAGUUAGGUCAUAUUUAGAUGUUUAAAGAUGGUUUCUUUUUUUAAAAAAAAAAACAAAGUAUCGUGCUUGCAAAAAUGUGAGGAAUCUUUGAAAAUGUAACAAAGGUUCAAUUAGGAAAAUGAGGGUAGAUCUUUAGAUGUAAAUCUCUUGCUUUGGCAGCUUAAGGAGUGAGGGAGGCAAUUACACUCCUUGUUGAGGCAACUGAUGGUUUGAUGUAGAGAGGAAUUCUACUGAAGAGCUCUCAUCUGCGGUUUAAAUGCCUAGCACCUUACUGUCCUCAAUUAAUCAAACGCUCAGAGCUUCUGCUUAGGUUUUGUGAAUGUGCGUAUGUAUGCUUUCAGUGCUUCCUCUAUUUAAAAUAAUCAUUAAUGCAACUGAACAUAUUGGCCUAUAAUAUUUAGUUAUCAGCUAUUAAACUCUGAGAGCCAGCCCCACUCAACACAUAUCACUUCAAUUACAUGUUUUUGGAGUGAUUUCCCAUGGAGGAUUACAUACAUAAAAACACUGUGUGAGAACUACACACUCCCCAAGAAGGAUUUGUGGUCAGAAUACUAUGUCAUUCCUAGAUAUUCCUGUUAUAAUCUGGCUUUUCAAUUCCAGUGUUAUUUUCCACUUGUGUCCCUUCAUACAAAUCAUUCCAAAAGCAUGCAUGAGAACAAUAGUUUUGGCAGAGUCCCUAAUAUUUAGCUUCUUAAAGAAGUUACUUUUUUGUCCAAGGUGCUGAGAUUCCAACAGAAUUCCAUGUACUUCAAGCAACUAAAUUUUAAACCAGUUUGAACUAUUUAUUUGUAUUGGGGUGGGGAGGUAAUUGUCACUGCAAUGUAAGAGGGUUGUGUGAUGGGCUGGUAUUGUGCAGUAUGAUCUGCUGUAUCCUCGCUAUCAGGCUGGCUAGGAGAAAAAUCCAGUGCAGUAUAGUUAACCCAUGCAAGUCCUCAACAGAGAGAGUAGUAAUUAUAAAACCAUGCCUUCCCCUUUUUAGAGCAUACUCCAACCCCAAAAUAUCUUCCAAUGUCCUAUAUGUUUCUGCCAAGUCCCAAGGCUAGAUAAUUUUGUUCAUAACUCCCUCUAUACCAUUUUAUCCCUCUAAUGAUUCUCUUAAGGGUCACUCAGGCAAAACCGCUAAUUUCCAGAACUCUAUUCUGGAGGUGUAAAGGCUAAAGGCAAUCCAGGAGAGCUUUGAACACUGCUUAACACAGAUUUUUAAAUGUUACAUCUACUUCCACCAACAGCUGCACAAGCUUUCUCUGCAUCUGAACAUUGUGCCCUUGACUGCAGCAGAAGAUGGGAAUCUUGCGCUGUUGGUACUCCGAAGUCCCUUGCACAGUUUCCCCUGUGUUAUGAAGCCACUCUGAGCUUUGCAAGAUUGCAACAAAAGCCAAAACUUGAUACAGUUCCAGUCCUCCUUUCAGCUACUUGAAAAGAAACAAUUCAUAUUCUCAUUUCCCCAUGUAUAUAACAAUUGUGGGCUGAUUCAUAUGUUGCUGAAAUGGAGGUUGUUGCUUUCCCAUAAUUGAAUCCCGUACUUUUCCAGUAACAGUUGAAUGAGCUUUAUGACAUGGGUAGAUGAAAAGUCUACCUACAGGAUCCAACUACUCCGCAUGAUUCUGUGCUUCAAAUGCAUAGCCAGAGAACUAGCAAUAGAGGACUGGAGCUGGGUAGACCCACAACCAUGCUGUUUUGAUAACAUAUAGAUUGGGCCUAUAUGAUUGGUAUUAGAAAUGCAACAGCUUUCCUUUUCCUUACAGUACUCCUGAAUUACACCCCUUCUUGUUUUAGUGGGCUUACCAAUGAGGAGAGGAGACUCACAGUUCUGAAGCUGUGAAGAGCUUAAGCUUGCAGUCAACAAUAAGAGUUUGCUAUAAUGUUGAUUUUUCUUCUCAGAGGAACCCUACCAAACAUGCAGAACACCUAAACAGUGGAGUAGUAUUGACAUUACUUGACUACAGUACCCUUGGGGUUAAGAAUAAAGUGAUUAAGUAGCAGUGGAAAUGUUAAUACACAAUGGCUAGAAAACGUUGGGGUUCAAGUCUUCUUUUCAACAUUUGGAAGAGCUUUACAUAGACAUUUCCUAUUUAUUCUGGUUUGGGCAACAGACCCUAAGUGUGAUCUUUGAUGUGUGUGCACAAUGGACUACAAACUGUGUGCUCCAUACAAAACAUUAUUAUUGGUUUUAUAACCUAAUAGGAUAAAUGGCAUUUAGACUGUACAGACUGGCACUGAAUAUAGAUGCCAUAUAAAUAGAUGUUCUGUUAUUGGCCAUAACUAAACCUUCUCUCUUGACAUAAAGGUGUGGAGGUAAUUAUAUUUGUUGUUGCCUUGCAAUAUUCUCAAAAGCAAAAACAAAGGAUGCACUAAGAAAUUCCCUAAUCCCAAAACUGCCCUUCUGCAGUGCUAUAUUCAAAAUCUUCCCUUGCUGGGGCUCUUUAUAUAAGGCACAAAAGUGCUCUUUUUAACAGGGGUUUGGUACUCAAACAAUGUUAAUAUUAAAUAUGUAUACAUACAUAUAGCCACACAAUUUAGAAUGACAGCUUGGUAAGCAGUAUGGUUAAGUAAAUGUUACAUUGUUUGUUUUCAAUGUGUAAUUUGUCUGUAUUAUGAAAGAUGUAAUGGUUCGUCAGGUGUUGACUGUUUUCAUGUAAUAUUAUAUUGAAUAAAGUAUCAAAGGAU